AUGACUGGGAGGGCGACGAGGGGGUCGAGGAGGAGGAGGACGAGGACGGAUCGGGCCGGGCUCCGCUUCUCGGUCGCCAGGGCCCACAGGCACCUCCGGUCCGGGCGGUACGCGGACCGCGUCGGGGUAGGCGCCGCCGUGUACCUCGCGGCCGUCGUGGAGUACCUGGCCGUCGAGGUCCUCGGGAUCGCGGGGGACGCCGCGCGCGAUGACGGGAGGUCGCGCAUCUCUCCGCGACACAUCCAGCGGGCCGUCUACAUCGACCCGGAGCUGAGCCGGCUUCUCAGUGACGUCACCAUUUCCAACGGUAGAAUCGGAACGAGUGUCUGA